UAGAUCCCAGAGUUCAGUGUGUAUAUGUGUUGUUGUUUUUAAGCGAGGGAAAAUCCGGAAGAUCGAGGAAAAAAGACAACUUGGCUAUGAAAAAGCAUUUUGUUUAGUUUGUUGCCUUGCUAUUUAUUUUGUGGAUAUUAAUUUUAUGGGAUGGAUCAUUCAACUUUUCUUCUCCAGUACACGGAGCGAGGGGCCUCACUUUCCCUGCACCCCAAGGCCCAGCCAGGCCCAGUGAAGAUGGACUAGGCUGAAGCAGACCUGCAGAACCUGCACCGUAUUCACCGUCAUGGCGACCCUGCUCCCGCCCUGCCCCUCUGACCCCGCCUCCCCUGGCUCCACCCCUCUGGGCUCUCAGGUCCACGCCGCAGCGGUGAACGGAGACAGGAGCGCCCUCCACAGGCUGAUCACAGCCGACCCCUCGCUGCGGGACAGGGAGGACCAGUUUGGCCGCACCCCUCUGAUGUACUGUGUGCUGGCUGACCGGCUGGACUGCGCCGAGACUCUGCUGAAAGCCGGGGCCUCCGUCAACAAAGCCGACCGCAGCCAGCGCACCGCCCUGCACCUCGCCGCUCAAAAGGGUAAUGUGCGCUUCAUGAAGCUGCUACUGGCGCGCCGGGCGGACUGGCUGCAGAAGGACCUGGAGGAGAUGACCCCACUGCACCUGGCCACCCGCCACCGCAGCCCCAAGUGCCUGUCCCUGCUGCUCAAGCACAUGGCCCCCGGCGAAGUGGACACGCAGGACAAGAACAAGCAAACCGCUCUGCACUGGAGCGCCUUCUACAACCACCCAGAGCACGUCAAGCUGCUCAUCAAGCACGACUCCAACAUCGGCAUCCCCGACAGCGAGGGCAAGAUCCCCCUGCACUGGGCCGCCCACAACAAGGACCCCAGCGCCAUCCACACCGUGCGCUGCAUCCUGGACGCAGCCCCAACGGAGUCGCUCCUCAACUGGCAGGACUACGAGGGCCGCACGCCGCUGCACUUCGCCGUCGCCGACGGCAACGAGGCGGUGGUGGAGGUGCUGACGUCCUACGAGGGCUGCAGCGUGACCGCCUACGACAACCUCUUCAGGACGCCCCUGCACUGGGCCGCCCUGCUGGGUCACGCCAGGAUCGUCCACCUGCUCUUGGAGAGGAACACGUCGGGCACCAUCCCCUCAGACAGCCAGGGCGCCACCCCUCUGCACUACGGAGCUCAGAGCAACUUUGCAGACACGGUGGCAGUGUUCCUGAAGCACCCCUCGGUGAAGGACGACCCGGACCUGGAGGGCAGGACCGCCUUCAUGUGGGCGGCGGGCAAGGGCAGCGAUGACGUCAUCCGCACCAUGCUGGACCUGAAGCCCGACAUUGACAUCAACAUGGCCGAUAAGUAUGGGGGCACAGCCCUGCACGCAGCCGCGCUCUCGGGACACGUCGGCACGGUGCGGUUGCUGCUGGAGCGGGGCGCCAUGGUGGACUCGCUGGACGUGAUGAAGCACACGCCCCUGUUCCGCGCCUGUGAGAUGGGCCACCGAGACGUCAUCCUCACGCUCAUCAAAGGUGAGGCGCGGGUGGACCUGGUGGAUCUGGACGGGCACACGGCGCUGCACUGGGCGGCGCUGGGCGGGAACGCGGAGGUGUGCCAGAUCCUGAUGGAGAACGGCAUCACGCCCAACGUGCAGGACCUGGCGGGACGCACCCCGCUGCAGUGCGCUGCCUACGGGGGCUACAUCAACUGCAUGGCCGUCCUGAUGGAGAACAGGGCCGACCCCAACAUCCAGGACAAGGAGGGGAGGACUGCCCUGCACUGGUCCUGUAAUAAUGGUUACCUGGAUGCAGUGAAGCUGCUUCUGGGAUACAACGCCUUCCCCAAUCACAUGGAGCACAAUGAGGAGAGGUACACGCCCCUGGACUACGCCCUGCUGGGGGAGCACCAGGAGGUGACGCAGUUCAUGCUGGAGCACGGAGCCCUGUCCAUCGCGGCCAUCCAGGACAUCGCCGCCUCCUCCAUCCAGGCCGUGUACAAGGGCUACAAGGUGCGCAAGGCCUUCCGGGAGCGCAAGAACCUGCUGAUGAGGCACGAGCAGCUACGCAAGGACGCCGCCAAGAAGCGGGAGGAGGAGCAUCGAAGGCGAGAGGCAGAGCAGCAGGUGUCAUUGGCUGAAGCGGAGCGGGGGUUGCAGGCGCUGUCGGUGACGGACACGCAGGGGGGCGGGGACACCACGGGCCCCAGGGGUCACAGCAGCAGGAGACCCUCCAAAGCCGAGCGUGGCCACGCCCACUCCUCCAAGAGCAGGACUGAGGACCAGCGCCGACACAGGGAGCACAGGAACCGAUCCACUGGCAAGGGUGAGCGGCGAGUGAAGGAGGCCGAGGUGGCCCCCUGUCCCGGCCAGGGCGGAGCCUCUGGCAACGCAGAGAAGAAGUGCGUGGCCCCUCCGGAGAAGGCCCCCAGCGGCCUUGAGGAGACCAGCGGCCCGUCUGGGUCCAACCCGGGAAAAUCUCCCGAGGCUAGCACCAAGGUGGGCGUGAAGGGCUCCAAGGGGGGACGGCACUCCCCCGCGGGGUCCAGCCGGCCGGGAAGCGCCAAGCCCGGGACCGCCCCCGCCCAGACGGCCCCCCGGCCCGCCAGAGCGCCCACGCCGACUCAGGGCUCCCAGCUGCCUCCACGCUCCCCCCGAGCGAGGGCUGGCCUCCAGCCCCGGCCCGCCCCCGCUCCCUCCCCCUCCUCCCCUGCCCGUGUAGUUGUGGGCCCGGCCCCUGCUCCCUCCUCCCUCGCCCGUGUGGGUGUGGCCCCUGCCCCCUCCUCCCUCGCCCGUGUGGGCGGGGCCCCCGCUCCCUCCUCCCUCACCCGUGUGGGCGGGGCCCCCGCGCCGGCCCUCCUGGGCCCCUGGAAGGAUGGCAGUGUGGAGCUGGUGCCCCUGGAGCUGAGGCUGAAGGUGGUGGAGAGGGAGCGGAGCUGCAAGGAGCUGAUCCACAGGAAGCACCAGGCAGCCAGCACCAUCCAGAGAGCCUGGAGGAGGUUCCACGUGCGAGGAAGGCUGAAGGAGGCUCUGGGCGGGAGCGAGGAGGGGGCGGAGUCAGCGGAGGCCACCUCACUCCUGAUCCAGCUGCUGUGGGACAGGCGGUCUGCGCCGGGCCCCGCCCCCACGAAGACCACGCCCGAACACCGAGCUCCGCCCACCAGCAGGGCGGUGGGGAAGAAGAGCACAGUGCUGCAGAGCAUCUACGGGGGAUCUCAGGCCAGGAGGGGGCGCCCCACCAGGAGUGCAACGCUGAACUCACGCAGUCACUCUCAGAUACUGCUGGACCUUUCUCUGAGCACCAACACACAAUUGAGCAGCAUCCAGUGCGUCCACCUUCUGGAGUCCGUGGGCCAGGCCAGGCAGUUCUCCUACCACAUGAGACCCCACAGCGCCACCCAGGGGCCGAGGGGCAGAGGCAAGCACUGACCGUCUGCCGGGCGGCCCGCGCCGUGUGCGUUACCCUCCUGCACUUCCACAGAGGCACUCCUCUUUACAGCGGUACACUCCAGGAGAAGGGUACGGGCAAAGGCUGGGGGGAGGCACUGCCGGUCCACCAAGGCUGCAGCAGUUCUAAUGCCAUUGGCAGCCAGUUCAGAAGAAGAGGCCGUGUAGGCAGUCCAACCAUGAACGUGAGGUAAAGCGGGCCGCACUGAUGAGAUCCGAUCAGGAACCGAAAAACAUGACCAAAACUCAGAAGCACAGCCCUAUUGAUGUCGUCCUCAUAGAGCGUAAGCCACUGACCUGAACUGACUGGUGACUGGUGUCUAAUGUGCAAUGUUUUAUUGAGAGCUGGGUUAAAACCAGAUUAAAACCAGAACCCCACAGUCCCUGCCUGCCCCAGGGAGCCAAUGGGAACAAAUAUGAAAAACGGCACACUUUCAAGCUUCAGUUUGUGUUUUAAUGUAAUGGAAUGUGUUCUCAUUUUGACUCUGUUGUCAUACUACACAAUGCCAAAAAGUCCAACUUGAGAACUUGCACUCCCUACAUCACUGCUCAAGAGUACAUCUCCUGACACCAUCUCCUAACAAACAGCUGUAUACAUUUACAAAACAUUUUUAAAGCAAAGUUUUGAUUUUUUUUUCCGCCCCAAUCUUAAUAUUAGUCUAUUUUUAUACACGGUAAACAUAUUUUAAACGUAUGUUUCCAUUUCAGCAUGCACUUCUGCACCUUUAUAACUCUGCCAGGUACACGGUCGUUAAGGUUGGUAACUGCGGCCUGUAUUUUUGGCUCUGUUGGUUCCACACCUCAAUUAUUCAUUUUGCUGCAGACUGGGCUCUGGUCCAGUGACGGCUCUCGCCGGCCUUGUGAACAAGCCACGCUGAUGUCGUCGUGACAACACCAGAGGGCGGGGGGGUUAAAUCCAGACACGGGUUUGCGCAAGAGAUGACCUUUCUUCUCGCGCACGGAGCGCGGUCGUCCGUCAACACCAGGUCAUACACCUGUCCCACCUGCACCUGUGAUACUCAGUGUCUAUCUGCAAGGGAUCUCUGUCUAUGGUAUGCGCGUCUGUUCAAACACCUUAUUUUUGCCUGCCAGAUUGUCUGUACAACCCUCCCCCAAGAGUUAUUAAUAAUGUUAUUCCCCAGGCUAGUAGUCACUUGAUUUUCUAGCUUGAAGCCACAAGAGUUGCCAUUCAAUCAUGCCAUGUUUCCAGCUUUAUUAGAAGGUGUAGCAAUAUUUAUUCAUGGUACUUUUGUAUUGAUAAUUCAGGGUAUAUCUAUAUUCUGUAG